AUGUCGGGCGCUGGCAAGAUGGAUGAACCUCCCCGGAACACGCCCUCAAGACCUCCCUCGCUCUUUACAGCUACAAGGAUCCUUUUCCUCUUAGGUGCUAUCGGCAUUUCCUACUACCUACGCGCACGCGUUCAGCCCGUUUCAUAUGCCCUAUGUUCAGCUGAAGGGGAGAGGAUCUAUACAGUUGACGAUACAAACUCUGUCGUUCAAUGUGUUCUAGUGCACAACUCUCGUGUCGUCCAUACCGGUUCCCUUGAGCAAGUCUCACAACGCUGGAAGCAUUCUCUCAGUGUUCGUUACAUCAAACGUGGCUCUAUCGUCGUGCCCGGUCUCAGCGAUUCCCAUGCUCACAUCCUCGAAUACGGUGCCAGCCGCGAACUUCCUCUCGAAGGAACCAAAACUAUACAAGAAACUGUCGAGCGUGUUAGAAAUUACAUUCUCUCCAAUCCGGACGUUGAACGGAACACGUCCAAGUUCAUCCUCGGAGGUGGUUGGGAUCACACCGUUUGGCCUGCCAGCGCAUGGCCUUCAGCUGCCGACUUGGAUUCCGACCCGGUCAUACGUGGCCGCCCCGUUGUCCUCCAAAGCAAAGACUGUCAUGCUUUGUGGGUAUCCUCCAAAGCUCUCGAAGUCAGUCAGCCCUUCCCGUCUGAAGUCGAGGGAGGUGUCAUCGUCAGAGACACCUCCGGAAAUCCGACAGGAAUGCUUCUCGAUAACGCUCAAGAACUCAUCAAACAACCUGCUUUACAAAAUGAGGACCUGUUGAGACGUUUCAAUACCGCUGUCAGAGAUGCUGUCAAAUACGGUCUUACUUCUAUUCAUGACGCCGGAUUGGAUCCUAUCUCCCUUGCUUUCUUCAAAAGACAGGCCAAGCUAGGGAAACUUCCCGUAAUCGAUUUUACCAUCUUUCACUGCGGGUAA